AUGGAACACAUGGCUUCUAUGCAGUCAGUCGGUGGCAACAAAGGCAAUACUCCCAAGUUUUUGCAGCCUCAAGAUACCAUCAAACGGCGUUCUAACCUCUUGACAGUCACUGUUCAAGACAUUCGCCGCCAUCUAGGACUCAAUGGCCCUGAGGAUGAUCAAGAAUGGAAUCGCAUCCAGUUAGUUAGAGCAUGCUUCGAAGGUGCCUUGCAGCUGGAAAAAUCGAGUGGUCUAGAGGGUGGAGAGACCAAAAACUGCGAUGACUAA